AUGUCCGAGGAGGAGGAGGAGGAGGAGGAGGAGGAGGAAUUAUGGAUCCCCUCCCGAUCACCCGCAGCAGACACUGACUCUGAUUUCGGGGACGCGUCAGGAGAGGACGAGUCGAGGCCUACAACCCCUUCUAACUUCGAAUUGGGUGCAAUACAAGAGCCUGACUUUGAAAGGAUGGAACCAGUGAAGCCUUCAAAACAGAGGGGUCGACAAAUGGAAAGGGGUGCUCGUGCCAGUCGUGGACGUUCAUCUAACCGGUCUGCAUGUGGUAGCAUGCAGACAGAAUGGAUGAAAGAGGACUGGUGUCCACGAGACAUACCCUUCACUGCCACUCCAGGACCACGCGGUGCAGCUGCUCAACUGACAUCUGACAAGCCCAUAGAUUUUGUGAACUUGUUCAUAACAGAUGCAUUGCUGGAGACAAUUGCUGAGCAAACCAACCUCUAUGCUGAGCAAACCAGGAUUGACUGA